AUGCAAAUAACCCGAUCAACAUACCCGGUGCCGGUCCAGGUGGUCCAGGAACAUCCACAACAUCAGCAAGUACCACAAUUUCAGGAAAUAACACAAAUCUCCUGCCCGGAAACGGAACUAGUGCAACAACAACAAACGGCAACAUUAAUAGUAACGAGGCGCAGUCGCCGCCGGUGGACAUUUUGCAAAGCCUCAAGUUCAACAUCAAAACGUCCUCCUCCAUGCUGCUCGAGCGCGGCAUAUCGCAAAAUCAGCAAGGAGGUUCGACGCAUGGGGGCGGCAGCCAAGCGUCCAACAACUUUAACAAGUACAGCAGCAACAUCAGCGAGGCCCCGUCCACGAUAUCCUGCAGUACUUCGACCGCACAACUGCUCCAGGACGUCGUAUCGUAAAGAAAAAUCCCCCCUCCCCAUAUUGAAAACGCAUCCGUCUGAAAAUUUGUGAUGCACAUUUGUGACCUCAAAUCUUGUCUGUCUUGCAAGAAGGCAAGUCCAGAGAGCCCCCUGCAUUUUGCAGGCGGUUUGUGAUGCUGUUGGGCUUAAGGCAUACACGUUUGCCAUGCUAGGCGCCUACGUCAAAACCUCUCGGCCGAGGCUUGACAUAUGCCCGCAGUCCUCUACUGCAAGACAAAUCUGAUUUGUGUACGGAAAUCCAGCAUCAGAAACUUCGUUUCGAUAUGGGGAGGGGGAAUUUUUCCUCUUGAUACGUCGGGGGCGCAUCCCCGUCCGCGGGCUCCUAUCAGCAUCUUAUCCUGA